AUGACUGCGGAUGCAAAUCACAUAAACCUUCUUUCUACAACAUCUGAAGAUAGUGCGCCAACUGUCGCCAGCAAAGUGAUUGAACAACAAGAACAAGGAAACAAAAUGGACAACAAGAACAAGACAUUGGCAGAACAUGAUGACGAAGUCAUUCCUGCAGUCUACCAAACCAGCACGUUUCGUGGAAUAAGUUUAUGGCUUUGUCCUCCUACUACAAACGACAAGAAUAAAAUCGGUGAAUCAUCAGAUUGUACAGUAGGUGAUUUCUACCAAGACAUAAUUAACAAAUUGGCAGAAGAACAAGGAACCUUUGGAGAUUUCAUUCCUCAUAUUACGCUGGUUGCCGCAUUAGAACUGACAGCUGAAGAGAUUGUUAAAAAAGUUCGGAAUGAAAUUGCUCCAAAGAUUCCUCCAUAUGCUUUCGAGGUGGAGAAGGUAUCCUUCAAGGAUGCCUACUUUCAAUCGGUCUUUGUCAAGCUACACACGGAUCGACCAGACGGCAUGCUCAAACAGGCCAACGCAUUGGCCAAACAUGUGUUUCCAGAACGCCAAUCUGAUCCGGCUUAUAUGCCGCAUUUGAGUUUGGUGUACGGCAAUUUGCCCAAGGAGCAAAAAGAAGAAAAAAUUGUGCCCAAAGUUCAAGAGCAACUAAAAGACGCUUCAUCUGAAACUGCAAUUAUUCCCAUUGACUCCAUUCAAGUUUGGUCCACAGAAGGACCAGUGGAAAAGUGGUUUUGCAUUGACACGAUACCUUUGACAGGUCCCAAAGCAAACUAG